GCUUGCGCGAAGCGGGCCGCCGAGCAGGUGCGCGUGCGCACUGCGUGUCUGCGCGUCGGACUUGGACGGAUUGGAGGGGUGAUACGAGUUUCUGCGGGUGGUUUGAGCUUCUGGCAAUCCCGCGGGUGUGAGAGGAGUCGGGAGUGCUCCCGGCGGCGACAGGACCAAGUUUAACAGCUGCCGAGGCAGUAGUCGAAGGCCAGGCGCGGCAUGUCCUGGGUGCCGCGGAGCGGGCAGUGAACGCGCGGCGGGCGGGAUGGGCCGGCGCCGGGCGCCAGAGCUGUACCGGGCUCCGUUCCCGUUGUAUGCGCUUCAGGUUGACCCCAGCGCCGGGCUGCUCAUCGCCGCGGGCGGAGGAGGUGCCGCCAAGACUGGCAUAAAGAAUGGCGUGCACUUUCUGCAGCUAGAGCAGAUUAAUGGGCGCCUGAGUGCCUCCUUGCUGCACUCCCAUGACACAGAGACUCGGGCCACCAUGAACUUGGCCCUGGCUGGUGACAUUCUUGCUGCAGGGCAGGAUGCCCACUGUCAGCUCCUGCGCUUCCAGGUCCAGCAGAAGGGCAACAACAAGGCAGAGAAGGCAGGCUCAAAGGAGCAGGGGCCUCGACAAAGGAAGGGGGCAGCUGCAGCAGAGAAGAAAUCUGGAGCUGAAACCCAGCGUGAGGGGGUAGAACUCAGGAUAGAGAAUUUGCAGGCGGUACAGACAGACUUCGGCCCUGAUCCACUGCAGAAAGUUGUGUGCUUCAACCACGAUAAUACCCUGCUUGCCACCGGAGGGACAGAUGGCCACGUUCGUGUCUGGAAGGUCCCCAGUCUGGAGAAAGUUCUGGAGUUUAAAGCCCACGAAGGGGAGAUCGAAGGCCUGGCUUUGGGGCCUGAUGGCAAGCUGGUAACUGUGGGCCGGGACCUUAAGGCCUGUGUGUGGCAGAAGGAUCAGCUAGUGGUACAGCUGCAUUGGCAAGAGAAUGGACCCACCUUUUCUAACACUCCUUACCGCUACCAGGCCUGCAGGUUUGGGCGGGUUCCAGACCAGCCUGCUGGGCUACGACUCUUCACAGUGCAGAUUCCCCACAAGCGCCUGCGCCAGCCCUCACCCUGCUACCUCACAGCCUGGGAUGGCUCCACCUUCUUGCCCCUUCGGACUAAGACCUGUGGUCAUGAAGUCAUCUCCUGCCUCAACGUCAGUGAAUCGGGCACCUUCCUAGGCCUGGGCACGGUCACUGGCUCUGUUGCCAUCUACAUAGCUUUCUCUCUCCAGUGCCUCUACUAUGUGAGGGAGGCCCAUGGCAUUGUGGUGACGGAUGUGGCCUUUCUACCUGAGAAGGGUCGUGGUCCAGAGCUCCUUGGGUCCCAUGAAACUGCCCUGUUCUCUGUGGCUGUGGAUAGUCGAUGCCAGCUGCAUCUGCUGCCCUCACGGCGGAGUGUUCCUGUGUGGCUGCUGCUCCUGCUGUGUGUUGGGCUUAUUGUUGUGACCAUCCUGCUGCUCCAGAGUGCCUUUCCAGGUUUUCUUUAGCCUCCCUGCUCCCUGGGAAUCAGGGGCUUGGACACUGCCACCCUCUAGAGCAGAGUGGAGGCCUGGACCCUCAUUGCUCACUCCAUCCGGGUCCACAGCUGAGGUUGCCUCUGAUGAGACGGAUGGGCACUGCCUGCCCUUCCCAGUUAAAGCUUGGCUGUGGCCCUGCAUGACUCUGGGUCCUGGGAACCAUGCAUUCAUCAUCUGUGGAUCCACCCAGCACAGUGGUGUCCGAAGCCUAGGACACACUUCCUGCCUCCUUCCCUCUACCUGUUGGAGGCUCCAGAGUUGAGCUUGUCCUUUCGCUAGAAACGUGUGAAGAUGCCUAGGAGCCUGCAGGCUCUCUUGUCCUUUCUGUAGAAACGGUUUCUCUUUCUCCCCUCAUAGCCAUGUGGCCAGCUGUUUUUCAUAUGAAGCCCCUGGCAUUUCUGGGGCAAGGACCAGCUUGGUACUUGCUAUUAGGGCAAGAAGGGGCAAAAGGAAGACUUGAAUAGUAAUCUGUGGGUUCAGGUGGGUAGCGUCAAGCUAGCCAGGCUAAAUAUGCAAUAAGAGUCUGGUUAGUCUACUCCCACCUUGAAGAAAGGGAAAAUGAACCUCAGCCCAUUAGGCAGGAAAAGUUGAUAUUUAAUAAACAAGGGAAGACUGAA